AUGGAGGAGACGUACCUUCUCAACCAUCCAGGAGUCAAGAAGAAGAUUCUGGCAGGAGGAGCUGGACCACUGCCACACUUUCCACCUGGGGCAAAGCUGGUUUUCCAUUUCCAGACACUGCUGGACAACUUUGAACGAACUGUAAUUGAUGAUAGCCGACUGGCUGGCAUGCCGGCUGAGAUCUUUGUUGGGAAGAUGUUCAAGUUGGAAGUCUGGGAGACCCUGCUGAUGUCCAUGAGGAUUGGAGAGGUGGCUGAGUUCUGGUGUGAGGCUGUGCACACAGGCUUAUACCCCAUCGUUUCCAAGGGAAUGAGGCUGAUCGCUCAAGGGAGAGACCCUUUCGAGGGCCAGAAACAUAUGUGUGGCAUGGGAAACAUGUUCAACUAUCACUCCACUGGCUUCCCGGAGCUGGAUGAGCUAAUGAGAACUCCUCAGCCACUUAUAUUUAUCAUGGAGUUGUUACAGGUUGGAGACCCCUUGUCCUACCACAGAGAGUCGUGGAUGAUGGAAAAGGAUGAGAAGCUACAGAUGGUGCCAGCUCUCCACAUGCAGGGCAAUCAACUGGUCAAGCAGAGAGAAUUCAGAGAGGCUGCCAGCAAGUACAAAGAGGCCGUCCUGCUGCUGAAAACAGUCCAGUCCAGAGAGAUGCCAGGUGAUAUAGACUACAUUAAUUUGGGUCGAAUGAUUCUCCCCCUGGAGUUGAACUACUGCCAGUGCAUGCUGGAGCUGGAGGAGUACUAUGAAGUUAUUGACCACACCACCGAACUGCUGGAGAAACACAAAGACUGUGUGAAAGGCUACUACAAGAGAGCCAAGGCCCACGCUGCCGUGUGGAAUGAAAAGGAAGCCAGGAAAGACUUCAACAUAGUGGCCCAACUGGACAUCACUCUGACCUCUCUCAUCAGCCGAGAGCUGAUGGCCCUGUCAGAGCGCAUGAAGGAGAAGUACUGGGAGGAGAAGGAGCAAUACUGGAACAUGCUGGAUAAGAAGGAUAAAAAUGAUCAAGAAGAAAAGGAGGAGCAUAAUCAGGAGGAGGAGGAAGAGGUGGAGGACAAAGGAAGACAAGAAGACAUCAAAAGUGUGACUGCAGAGAGUAAAGAUGAAGUAAAGGAGGUAGAAGACGAAUCUCCAUCAGAGUGUACAGAAGUCAAUAAAGAGGAGCUGUGGGGAAGUAAAAGCACGCUAAGUGAGGGAACAUGUAACGAAGAGGAAGCUAACACCUCUGGGGCUGAUCUAAACACCUCCAGUGUAACAGAGGGGAAGGACUGGCAGCAGAUGUUAAAACUGGUCAUGUUUCUGCAGAAAGAAGGAAACUUUCUCAUCACGGAAAAGAAAUUUGAGGAGGCUUCUCCAAAGUUCAAGGAGGCGUUAGAAUAUGUGGACUUCCUUCAGAAUAAGCAGGUGGAUCCAGAGAGCGAGGACUGGGAGUCACUGGGAAAAGUGCGUCUGCCGCUGGCUCUUAACCUCAGCCAGUGCUUGCUGGAGCUCAAACAGUACCAGGAAGUGGUGGAGCUCAAUGAUAAGCUGCUGAAGAAGCACAAAGGUAACUUUAAAGCUGUGUACCAGCGAGCACGAGCACACGCCGCUUUGUGCAAUGAGGACGAAGCUCGGCGAGACUUUGAGAUGGCGGGGAAAUUGGACCCUAAGUUUAAAACCUACAUCUGCCAGGAACUGAAAAACAUGGCAGGGAGCUUACGCACCAUGCACGCCCACCAGAAUAAGACUUACUGGGAUACAACGCAGGAGAAGUGGGGGCCUGGUGGAAGCAAGACAAAGAGUGCUGCUAGAAAGAAUAAAGUUAAAAUUUCACAGCAAGCCCCUGAAGAAAAAACUGAAGCCAACAAGAAGACAGAAAACAUUGAAAUAGAAGACAAGGAGAAUUCAGAGAAACCUGCCCCUGCUGAGGCGGAGGCAGCAGAUGACGCAGAGACAGAGAAAAAUCCAAAUGCAAAAGCAGAGCAGAGUAUUAAAGAGCCUGAGAGUGGGAGAGAGAGCAGAGAGGGGUUGGAUAAUAAAAAUAUGGAGAGGGUCGUGGUUCAUGAGGACAGGCAGGGCCCAGCAGAUAAUCGAGCAACAGAGGAAGAUAGCGAUCCCGAGGCCACCGGCACAGGGGGAGAUAAUGUAGUGAGCAAAAGAUCAGCACACGAUAAGGCCAGAGAGAAGGUCAAAUGCCAAUCAAGUGCUGCACCGGGCUCGAGCAGAACAAGCCAGGGGGACAAAGGCAGCAGUGAUGAGGCAGAAAGAGGUGACACUCAAUCAGAGUAGACCAACAGGCUGGAAAUGUCUUGCGUAGGGCCAAAGGAACUCCAUAGUAGUGGAGGGCAGAGAGGAGAUCAUGUGGAAAAAAACAGAUAAAUGGAUGCAUAAUAUGAGGGGGAGACAUGUGAUAAAUAGCCAAGCUUCAAGUCUCAACUGGAAAUAUUGAUUCUGCUGCAAACAAAUCCAAAUAUAAACACAAGAAGAAAAAUUAAUGUAAACAUAAACAGGCUGCGUCGGGUUUCAUUAUUCAGUUCUCAGAGGGAUAACUGCAGGCACACGGGGGGUAAAAAAACACGGGAGUUUGGCAAAUACAAAGUUUUUUUAUUUCUGUACACAAAGAGUAGAAAGCAGCCAGUAACCCACUUGUUAUUACAGUAAAAAGCCUUUCUUCAGAAAACUUUUUUGUAUUUUUACAGAUUAAAAACGCCAGAGAAAAGACAGCAAGAAGUGUUUGAGUGCUGGACAAAAACAUCAAACCAAAACUGUUAAACAUGAAACAUUUGAAAGAUUAAUGAGGUAUAUUAAUGGUGGUAUAAAUAAAUUAAAAUAAACCUCAGUCCACCAGUAAGUCAUGAGUGAGUGUAUAUAUGUGUUAGUGUUAUAAACACCAUGUUCAUUGAGGUUAAGUGAUUCACUGCCCCCACCAUGUGAAGCACAAAUGGUGUCCUUCUUACAAGCUUAGAUUCAUGAUAGCAAACAUGGAGGGCGUGACACAAAGACAAGAGAGUAAUGAUGGGAGCCAUUAGCGUGUUGGCCGGCUACAUGCGGCAACUGAAGUCUGGAGUGAGAGAGCAGUGUCCUCUGGGUGACUCUCGCCUCUGUGGGGAGCAUUUUAUCUGAAGUCAUACGGCUUCAGUUGCACCAGAGAGAGAUAUACAGAGAGCAGGGCAUGUGUUAGUGUGUGAGGAAUAUAGGGAGCUGCUACUACCAGUAUAGGGACGUAUGCAUGGAUCAGAUGAUUACUGAGGCGCAGGGUUGAGAUGCUGUGCGACUCUUCUACAGCUGGAGGACUAUCAGAGUCAGAUAAGAAUGUGGGCAAUCAAUGCAUCAUCUGAUGUAUGACCAACAAGUGUAUUUAUUAGAGUCUACCUCCUCUUUAUUGUCUGAAAAUAAACAAGAAUUGACGUGCAGCUCUGUGGGGAAUCCCUCUGCUGUUUCGCCACACGUCACCGUUACAUCAUUUUGUGUGCCCACAUACCAAAGAACAAAGUGCAAGGCUGCAGUGUGAUCAUCAAUGUGUAAUGAGAUGUGUAACUACGAAUAAAUAAACAUCUACAAACAAACAUUACUCGUC